UAUAAGAAAUGGGCUGAUUUUAAGUUUUAACUAAAUGAAUAAACGGUGCUCGACCCAACUGGCCGAGUAACCUAAUUUAAAACCCUAAACGACCUCUUUCGUCUUCUACCAGCUCAUAUCGCAUUCUAGUUGCAGAGGCCGUCAUCGAAUCCAGAGGAGCAAGAUGAGUCGUGGAGCAGGAGGUGCGGGAGCCAAGGGCGGAAAGAAGAAGACAUCGACGUUUGUGAUUGAUUGUGGAAAGCCUGUUGAAGACAAGAUUAUGGAGAUUGCAUCACUUGAGAAGUUUCUUCAGGAGAGAAUCAAGGUCGGCGGCAAGGCCGGUAACCUCGGUGACUCUGUUACCAUUUCACGCGAAAAGAACAAGAUCUCCGUCACCUCCGAUAGCAACUUCUCCAAAAGGUAUCUUAAAUAUCUAACGAAGAAAUACUUGAAGAAACACAAUGUGAGAGAUUGGCUCCGAGUGAUUGCAUCCAACAAAGAUCGCAAUGUGUAUGAGUUGAGGUACUUCAACAUUGCUGAGAAUGAGGGUGAAGAGGAAGACUGAGCAGAUCAGACAAGUCGAUUUUGCUUUUAUGUUUGUUUUUUUUGGCUUUUUAAAUUUGUUAUGCCAGACAUUUUUCUUUGUUGACCAGUCCAGAACUGUAUUGUAGUAGAGAUUUGAGUUAUUAUGCCUUUUCACUUGUCUUGAUUACACCUCAA